AUGGCUUCGUUCUCUCCAAAACCCUCAAAGCUUCACAAUGUUGGAUCAAUUAGUAUGCCGGUUAGGUCACAUCCAAGCACAUCCAAAACUGAGGAAGAGCUGAACAAGCUCAAGGUCUGGGAGGCACAGUUGACAUCAUCGUCGUCGUCGCCUGUGUCACCAGAAGCGGAUUCAAUAUGCAAAGGGCUUGGUGGUCUCAAAGAGUUGUACGUUUGUAUUGAGGAGCUUCUUCACCUGCCAUUGGCACAGCAAGCUCUAGCCCUUCACCAAAAUGAGAAAUGGGUUGAAGAGCUGUUGGAUAGUUCUGUCAAGUACUUGGAUGUAUGUGGAAACACAAAGGAUUCCAUUGGGACCAUGAAGGAAAGCGUUAGAGGUGUUCAAUCUGCUCUUCGGAGAAGAAAGGUGGGAGAUUCGAGCUUCGAAGACAUUGUAAGUUCAUAUGUUUGCAUAAGAAAAAAGAUGAACAAGGAAAUUGUGCAGUUUGUGGCAUCAUUGAAGCAAAUGGAUCAAAAGUACGAAGCAUUUCCUUUGGAUCUCGACAACCAUCUGGCUCCGAUGGUGCGGGUGUUCAGAGAGGCAAGUUUGAUUACCAGCUCCAUUUUUCAGUCACUUUCUUCAUUUCUGUCCACUCCAAUUUUGAAGCCAAGGCCUAGCAGAUGGUCGUUGGUUUCGAUUUUGUUGCACAAAGGGGUGUUGGUUUGUGACAACAACCAACGCAAAGGCAUGAACGAGCUGGAAACCGUAGAUAUUGCAAUUAGCAACAUGGUUGUGCAUAAUUCAGGUGAAGAUUUUGUGGAUGCUCAGAAGGUUCUAUCUACACAACGAAGGUUGGAGGUCUUGGAUUCAAGCAUUGAAGGCAUUGAAAAUGGUUUGGAGGGAUUGUUUAGGGUCUUGAUCCACAUCAGAGUUUCUCUCCUAAACAUACUUUCUUGUUAA